UGUUCCCGCGCAGUUAGUGCGCGCAGGCGUGCGCCCGCUUUGCGCACGUUUUGCGCUUAUACCGUGUUGUAACCCGGCCGUUGCCGGGAAUGGAGGCCUGCUGCGCGAUCACAGCUGCCGAGGACCUUGUGGGAGACCAGAUAGUCCCUGGCGGCGGCCGUUGGGGCGCUCCACACGGUCUGCUGGACACCUGGCUUCAGAUGCAGACUUCCGAGCUCGAAUCGCUUCUUUGCAAGCAAGAGGGCGCAUCAAUCGCGUCCGCCCACAUGGACCUUUUCGAUGGCGGGACUUCAUCACGCGAUGAUUCCUUCCUGCGGCCGGCCUUGUGGGAAGACAUUGCAUCUUCCAUCAGGAAUAUUGACCCUGAGAAUGCAAACAUGCUCGCGCCUUUGGGUGCAACACACGUCAAGCUGGAAACAGAUGAGGCUUUGCUUGAGGAAUGCGCUACUCCACUUCUUAGUCCGCUGGAAAUCAAAACGGAGAGGCUCCUUGCGCCGCCAACGUACGCGCAACCCCAGCCCGCGCAGCAUCAUCAGCAACCAGCGACACCAUUCUCAAAAUAUCCACCUUCGCGACUUGUCUAUAUGUCCCCGCUAACACCUCCCGGAUCUGACCAAGGCAGCCCUGGCAAUUCUAUGCAGUGUGGACCAAGACGAACGCCGCCUCCACCUUACCACCCGCCCCCUAUGCUUCGACCACCUUUGGGGCAUCAACAUCAAACUCAUGUCCAGCAUCAUCAACCGCCUAUGCAACAAAUGCAAAUGCCUCCACAACCACUGGGACCAUCCCCUCUGGGACACGGUCAAAUUCACCACUCAAGACUUGGGCCUCCGUCCCACUCUAUGAAGUAUAACAGACGAAACAAUCCCGAGUUGGAGAAGAGAAGAGUUCAUCACUGCGACUUCCUUGGAUGCACGAAAGUUUACACGAAGAGUUCGCAUCUAAAGGCUCAUCAAAGAAUACAUACAGGAGAGAAACCUUAUACUUGCCAAUGGCCGGAGUGCGAAUGGAGGUUCGCUCGUUCAGACGAAUUGACGCGUCACUACCGUAAGCACACGGGAGCCAAGCCGUUCAAAUGUACAGUUUGCGAGAGGUCCUUCGCCAGGUCUGACCACCUCGCACUUCACAUGAAGCGGCACUUGCCAAAAACCUCGAAAUGACACGCAAGAAGAGGCCCGGACCAGCCGCCGGCGCCUCAAAUCCCUCAGGAUGAUUGUAGUGGAAAUCUUUUUCUGGAAUCUGACUUAGACUCUAGCCUGCUGGACACGUUUUACAGCGUAUUGUGAUCUACACAAGGAUAUCCUGCAAAA